AACCUAGUCAAGCUGGUUAAUUCAGUUAAAACUAAUGAGAGGGCUGCUAACGUUUUCGAUCCCGACCUCUUGAAGCAUCCUUCCAUUAGUGAACAGAUGAUUAACAUGCUGCAAAUAGGAAUUAGAUGUGUGGCUAAUUCAGCAAAAAAGAGACCUAAAAUAUCUGAAGAGGUGGAGAUGUUGGCGCAUAUAGGCAUAUCGAACCGUGUGAGCCGCUCUUUGAACUCAACAAGCUAGGAAGGAAAACUUGUAUUUCUUGAGGAUGUUAAAGUAGGUCCCGUAUGUGGGAUCGAGAAUUUACUGGAGGCUUCUGCUGCUGAGGUGCUUGGGAAAGGAUCAUUCGGGAAUAGUUACAGGGCAAUACUCGACAAUGGAAGUAUAGUUGUGGUGAAGAGAUUGAAAGAUGUAAAUCCAACAUUCAAGGAUUUUCAGAAGCAUGUGGAGUUAUUUGGAAGAAUGAAUCACACGAAUAUCGGUCGAUUAAAGGCUUUUUACUAUGCAAGAUAUGAAAAGCUUUUGUUGUAUGAUUAUUACACUCAAGGCUGCAUAUCUUCACUACAUGGGAUAAGAGGUGAUGACUUGGUAACCAGAGUCAAGAUUGCUCUUGGAGCAGCAAGAGGUAUCGCUCACGUCCAUGGACAAGAUCAGAAGCUUGUGCUUAUAAACUCCUCCAAUAUUUUUCUCAAUGACCAAAAUCAUGCAAUUGUGGCCUUUGAUGCUGGAUUGGCAAAUCUGGUAAGUCCCGAGAGGUUGCCACGUGUACUAGAUUCGGUCUAUUGUGCCCUGGAAGUGAAAAACGCGGGGAGAGUGUCACAGGCUUCUGAUGUUUAUUGCUUUGGAGUUGUGCUGCUUGAACUUUUUUACGGAGAAUCAUCUCAAGAUUUUUCAUCACUAUCUGAGCUGGUGGAUGUCGCUUGUCUGAGGUACGGAUAUGAGCAGGCGCUGGCACUAGUGUUGCAGAUGGCAGCGGGUUGUGUUGGCACAGCCGUGGAACGUAGGCCUACGAUAUUUGAAGUAGUGAAGGUGUUGGAGGAAAUUGAAUGCUCAUCUGUUCAAUCAAGAUUGGAAUCCUUAUUGGAGAAUCUGCUGCCCAUGCUAUCACCAUAAUCCAUGGAGUAUUUUCUUCGAUUUUCUUUCAUCCGCUUCACGAUUAUUUUUUUGGUGAAUCUGUUGCUCAUGGUACAGAGUUACCGGGCAUGAGGAAUUCCGGAUAGAAGAACGGCCAUCGAGACUCCAAAAGAGAGCUGA